AUGUCCGCUAUCCAGAACCUCCAAACUUUCGGUAAGACAUUUCAACCAUCUCAGCUAACGACGUGUGAAUGUAAGUGGGGGAAUGGCGGUUGGUAACGUUACAACAAAAUAUUACGUUUGGUUUUAAUAAUAAAUUGUUAAUAAAUGUCUAAAACAUCUGGUUAGUUAUAUCGAGAACAUUCCCUCCCGAUUACAAAUAAGUUAAUAGCAUGCCAGGUUUUUUUUGUAGUUAACGUUGACCAGCAAGACCGGCAACACCUAUCAGACUUCAACCAGGCCGAAGUUAAUUUCCUUGGCUAACGUUAGGUCACAACACGGAUUUGUAGCCGAUAUAGAAAACUAGUCUGUAUUAUGGACACAAUAAUCAAUGUACAUUACCGAUUCCGGUUAACAAGUGGUUACUGCCGGUUGUCUUUCUGUCCAAUUUCCAUGUAGUAAUUUGCUGACAAGCAUCUGAGGAGCGUUUUGCUUAGGCCUGAUUUGCUGACUAGGCCUAGGCCUGAUUUGCUGACUAGGCGUCCGCCAAAAUAUAAUAUAAUAAUAUGCCAUUUAGCAGACGCUUUUAUCCAAAGCGACUUACAGUUAUGCGUGCAUACAUUUUUGUGUAUGGGUGGUCCCGGGGAUCGAACCCACUACCUUGGCGUUACAAGCACCGUGCUCUACCAGCUGAGCUACAGAGGACCACAUGUAACUACACAUAACUGUCCCCAAGUUAAUCAAAUCACAUUUUAUUUGUCACAUGCGCUGAAUACAACAGGUACAGUGAAAUGCUUACUUACAAGCCCUUAACCAACAAUGAGGUUUUAAGAAAGAAUACCAAAAAUAAUACGAAAUAAAAAUAAUAUGAAAUAAAAGUAACAAAUAAUUAAAGGACAUAAUAUAGUUGGUUCAGAGUUCGUUUUGAUAUUUCAACCUGUGUGUCCUGAUCGUGUCUGGUGUGGGAGGGAAAGAUCAACAUGCGCGCGAUGACGCACGCGUGCUGUCUGGUCAGCAUGUAAGACUCAUGGAUAGGACAUUACAUCACCAGUUCAUCGGCCUGGAUCUUUUGUUAUCUAGGUCAAACAAAACAGUGCCAUCUUAGCUAUCGCUUUAUGUUGCUUCCUUGUAAUUUUGUUUUGAACUUUAUUUGUGUCUUAAGUAUUUGUUUUUAAAUAGUAUUGUUCUUCCCACAGACCCCUUUGCUGAUGCAACUAAGGGUAAUGACAGGCUCCCAUCUGGGACUGACGACUACAUCCACAUAAGAAUCCAGCAGCGUAACGGCAGGAAGACUCUGACCACGGUCCAGGGCAUAGCCAUCGACUAUGAUAAGAAGAAGCUAGUCAAGGCCUUUAAGAAGGUAUGUUAUGGCAGGGAGUUGAGACAAAGACACUAGCUGGUAUACUAAGAAAGGUCCAUGUUUUGUUCUACAGGCCUUUUGACUAGUUCUGCUUUGUCAACAGAAAUUUGCCUGCAAUGGGACAGUGAUUGAGCACCCAGAGUAUGGUGAAGUGAUUCAGCUGCAAGGUGACCAGCGCAAGAAUAUCUGCACAUUUCUAAUUGAGGUAGGUUUGACUCCUGUCCCUGCUAUAGCACAUUGCACCCAGCAUAUACUCCACACUUGUGUGUACUAAGUGGUCAUCUGUCAUGGCCCCUACAGAAGGCUCCCAUAGAAAAGCGCCUGUUUGUAAACAGUCCAGCUGCUAUGGUAGUAAAGGUUUUGUGACUGGAGUGCAAAGUUCCUUUGUGUAAUGUCUCUUCUCCCCUCAUCCCACUUCCAGAUUGGCCUGGCUAAAGAGGAGCAGCUCAAGGUCCACGGAUUCUAG